CUACGAAAUCGACUGCUUUUGAUAUCCCAAGCAUUUUUAGUAAUCUUCUCAUUAAUAAUGAGGCAUGGGAAUUAAUCGGUCCUUUAAUGGAAAGUGUUCUUCCAACUUAUGUAACUGCAUCCGAAUCAUAUCCAGCAGUGCAUGCAAUGCUCUCGGGCAAUCUGGAAGCUUUCAGUGAAGCCAUGUUUUUGAGAGGAGCAUUGAUGGAUGCAGGAAUUGCUCAAGCUUUUAAAACUAAGAUUGGAACUGAAUUCACUAGAGAACAGCUCCAAAGCGUUAUUGCGAACAAUUUAUCUGGCCUAGAUGUGGCGGCAGUAAGAAGUGGCAUCGCCAAAUCAACAGAUGCGAUUUGGUAUGGGGUUGAAGUAGGAGGAGAGACAGUGACGGUAUCGACGGAAACAAUAGUAGCCGAGUCGCUGGCAAUAACAGCUGUUGAAGGCGCAGCUGCGGUUGAAACAGCUGUUGUUGGAUUUACGGCGGAAGAAGCGAUAGGGAUAAUCAUAGCAAUUUUACUCAUCUAA